CGCAAAAAAACAAAACAAAACAAAAAAGAGGUAGAUUUUAGGUGUAGACAUGACAUCAGAGGCUCAUAGCCGUCCCCAUAAUGACUUGCCCAAAAACACAGAAUAGUCACCCUUGCGAACGAGGAUGAUCCGAAAAAGUUUGUGGUCGGGGGGAGGUUUCGAUGAAGAGAAGUAAAAGAUCCAAGAGAGAUUCAAAAUGGAUUUCUCCAGAGACAAUACGAAAGGCUUUGUGUUGGCUUUGCUGUCAAGUGGGUUCAUAGGGGCAAGCUUCAUCAUCAAGAAGAAGGGCCUUAGAAGAGCAGCCGCAACUUCUGGUGUCAGAGCGGGUGUUGGUGGGUAUUCUUAUCUCUUGGAGCCUCUGUGGUGGCUGGGAAUGAUCACGAUGAUUGUUGGAGAGGUUGCAAACUUCGUUGCAUAUGCAUUUGCCCCUGCAGUUCUUGUUACUCCUCUUGGGGCGUUAAGUAUUAUUGUCAGUGCUGUUUUGGCUCACUUUAUCUUGAGCGAGAAGUUACACAAGCUUGGAAUUUUGGGCUGCGUGAUGUGUAUUGUGGGAUCUGUCCUAAUUGUUAUCCAUGCACCACAGGAGCAUCCCAUUACGUCUGUUCAGGAAAUAUGGAGCAUGGCAACUCAACCAGCCUUUCUGCUUUACAUGGCCUCUGUCACUGUAUUGGUUUUCAUUCUGGUCAUCCAUUUUGCACCACAAUGUGGGCACACGAACGUGUUAGUUUUCACCGGCAUCUGUUCAUUGAUGGGCUCUCUCUCGGUGAUGAGUGUGAAAGCCCUUGGAACUUCACUAAAGUUAACUUUCGAGGGAAAGAAUCAGUUAAUAUAUCCAGAGACAUGGUUUUUCAUGUUGGUUGUGGCUACAUGUGUCAUCACUCAGAUGAAUUACCUCAAUAAGGCGCUUGACACAUUUAACACAGCCGUUGUCUCCCCCAUAUACUACGUGAUGUUCACAACACUUACAAUCCUAGCCAGCGUCAUUAUGUUUAAGGAUUGGGAUGGCCAAAGUGGAGGAACCAUAGUAACAGAAAUAUGUGGCUUUAUUGUUGUGCUUUCUGGAACAAUCUUAUUGCAUUCGACCAAAGACUUUGAGAGAAGCUCAUCUUUUAGAGGUAACAACUACGCACCUGUGUCCCCCUCAUUGUCUACCCGACUCUGCAGCGGAAAUGGGGAAUUACUGAAGUAUGACGAGGAAGAAGAAACGCGUCCUGAGGAAGUUUGCUUAAGAAGACAAGAAGUGUAUUAGAUUGUCCCAUUCAGAGGAUACCAUUGCAUUACUUCAAAUCAACAGGCAAGGCACAACUGAAAUUUGAACAGCUUUGAGAAAGAUGCCCAUCAAGUGACUCUCCACGUCCAGUUCAGGUCAUAACGUCCCAUUCAAUGAUGGAAGAAUUUGAGAACGUAUUCAGGUGGUUGUUUUCAUGAGCAUCAUCCGGAUUUCAUUGUUUUUUUUUUUUUUUUCCUUUCUUU